CUACACAGCUAUGUGUUAACAAUGCAACAAAUUGCUGAUGACGCCCCAAUAAGUGAAGCGGAGUUGGUCGAAUGUAUCCUUGAGGGGCUGAGGGACAAAACAUCCGCUAUUUCUAUCUUUUAUCCUGCGAAGACUGUGGCCGAGCUAAAAAAUUUAAUUCCCAGGUAUGAAAAAAUAUUGGAUGGCAGGAAAAUUAAUAAAACCACAAGCGAGAACCAAACGACAACUUUGACCACGGUGCGCUGUUAUAACUGUUCGGAGUAUGGCCACUAUGCAUCAAGUUGCACGAGAGAAAAGCGACAACACGGGUCCUGUUUCAAAUGUGGAAAGUUCGGGCAUCUAAGGACACAAUGCCCCCUGAGAGCAGUUGCUGCCGUUCCGGAUCAAGCUGUUAACUGGAAUUUAAAGUCCGUGUAGCUUUGUUAAGAGAGCGGUUAUUCAAUCGUUGUGGCCGAACGUGAGAAUUGCUGAGGGAAGAAUUUCUGAAUAUAAAGGGCUGGACGGGACGAAUUUGAAGACUUGUG